CUCAAGCUGAACACCGGCGGCCCGAUCGCCGCCCUGCAGAACCGCACGGUCCUGCUCGUCGGCGACAGCGUAGACCGCUUCCUGGUCGACGACAUGUGCCACCUGCUCGAGGGCAAGCUUACUAUCUACCCAGUGAGCACCUACGCCUCUUCUGCGCCGGACCACCCCACCGGCGCCGGCGGCCUCCCACGUACCUGCCAGAUCUCCGGCCCCUCGGGCCUGCAAAAUCUCACUCUAGCAAGCUACUUCUUCUACGGCUACGACUCGUUGGAUCUGUGGCGCGACAAGACCGCCACCUGGACCUCUCCCGCCAACUUCGCGCCCCGCUGGACCGUCUUCUCGCGCGCAUACAGCACACUCUUCCACCCCGGCUCCCUCGCGGGCACGCGGCCGGACCUAGUAAUCGCCAACGUGGGCCUAUGGGAGCUGGCGCGUUUCGACCGGCUACACGAGCGCGCGCACGCCGGCAGCGACGCGCCGGUAGCGCUCGACGACGGGUUCGUGGACGCGUUCGUCGAGGGGACGGUGGACUUUCUGGCGCGGCUGCGGGCGCUGGUGGGGCCGCAGCCGCAGAUACGCUGGCGGCAGAUGCAUACCCUGUGGAGUGCCGAGGGGAGCUAUUUCACCGAGGCCGGGAAAAAGCAGGAUAGGCAGAGGUUUAGUCCUGUUAAGGUCGCGGUGUUGAAUGUGGCUGCGAGGGAGGCGGUCAAUAGGGCGGGGAAGGUGGGUUGGUGGCCGGUGGGGGAAAUGGUCUCGCCGUGGCCGGCGGCUUGGUGGCUUAGGGACUCGAUUCAUCAGAGUGGGACGGUGGGCGCGGUUGUCUGGGGCGGGGGCGUGCUCGAGUAUUUGGCCAGGACACCGAGGUAA